AAAUUGGUGGAUGAUAACUUGGAAAAAAUGGAAGCCGCGUUGGUCAUUGACUUGAAUAAAGCUAAAUCUUCACCAUUAUCCUCACAUGUUGACGAUGAGAAUACUAAUUUUUACAGAGAUACAACACCACCACCACAAUCAGGGAAAAAAAUGGCUUAUGCAGUUCAUACUUCAAUUUUAACAUUAAAAGAAGGAUUUGAAGGACAAAUGACUGAAAAUUCUAUUGAAAUUGGAAUUAUUGGUGGUGAUACAACAGGAUUUAUGGAAGGCAAGGAACAACCAUUAUUUAGAAAAUUGUCUCCUUCAGAAGUUAAAGAUUAUUUGGCUAAUAUAGCUUAA